CGACAGAAGGCUACACUGAGAUACUGGAGAUUCAGGCAGCACCUUAAAGAACAAGGAGAGUGGAUUCAGGCUACAUCACUAUAAAGACAUGCAAAAGGCAAGCUCGUUUUUUUCUUUUUAAGGAGUGACAGUUUCAUAUCUGCCUGAAGCUCAAAACAACCUAAGGCUCAAAUUUCAUUCAAUUUCCCAGUUAUUUCUACAUUACUAGGACCAGCUGGAUAUCAGGAUGCAAAUGGUUAAGAUUAUUUUGUUUCUCCUGCUUUGUACAGCAGUGGAGCUGAGGAAAAUAAGGAAUGGCAGGAAGGAAAACCGAAAUAAACAUUGCGGUGCAAAAUGCAUGAGAAAGCACUCAAGUCAUGUCAAAAGAUUUGCUCAUCCACUCAAGAAUAUAUGUGAAGAGAGCUUGUACUAUUCUGAGAAGGUUCUCACUUGUCAAGAUAAGCAACUCAUCACAAUUCCAUCCAACCUGCCAGAUGACAUUGUUCAUCUACAACUAGCAGGAAAUAAGAUCAAUAGGCUGAAGGAUUCUAUGUUUUCAACGUUAAAGAAUUUGAAGAGCCUUGAUUUGCAACGCAAUGACAUUACUACCAUCCAACCAGGCGCUUUUGAGGGGUUGGAUGACCUGAAUACAUUACUACUUCAACACAAUCAACUACGAUUUUUAUCGGAAGAAGUCUUUAUCCCUAUACCUAAACUAAAUUAUCUGCGGAUCUAUGACAAUCCCUGGGAUUGCAAUUGUAAUCUGGAAGAUAUGGUUAGGAAGUUGCAGGUUCCUGGCCACAAAAACCUGGGAAAUCUGGCCAAGUGCAAGUCUCCAAAAGUUUAUGUUGGUCAAAAGUUGAAAAAGAUCAAUCCGGAUUGGCUAUGCCCUAAUAAUAUCUUCAGCAACAUAAGCGAAGUAAUGGAUCCUCCUAGUUCUAUCCUCAAAGAGGUUGAUUUCACACGUUGUCAUAUCUACCUUUUCCCAAAGCCACAAGUAGAUUGCCAAGAUAAAGAUUUGACGAAGAUUCCUAUUGGAAUUCCAGCUGAUGUUCUUGAAAUCAAUCUGGGCAGUAACAAAAUCAAGCAGCUGAAUGGCAGAGAUUUCAUACACUUUAAGAAACUGGAUACGUUAAAUCUCAGCAACAAUCACAUAGAAACUAUCGAUCCUGCUGCAUUUACUGGUCUCCUGAGGCUGAAGACGUUGGAUCUAUCAAACAAUAAUCUUCACAGCUUUAAAUACGGAGUGUUGGAGGACUUGUACUUUAUAGAGAAACUGGUGCUCACAGAAAAUCCAUGGAAAUGUGAUUAUCAAAUCCAUUACUUGGCAUACUGGCUGCAGGUUCACUACACAGUACAGUUUGAAGGCCUUGAGUGUACAAUGCCUAAUGAGUUCAAAGGUUGGACUGUACAGAGAUACAUCAAAAAAUAUUACGAGGAAUGCCCUAAGGAAAAUGUGAUUAAUAGCUAUGAUUAUGAUAUAUCAUCUUUAGAAGAGGAAGAGCACGGAAUCAGAACAAGAAUAAUACCCUGACCCUUUAAGCAUCAUGUACAACACAUUGUGUAAUAAAGAGUUACAUAUUGCAUGACAAUGCACCAACAUGUCACACAAACAUUUACAGAUGUUACCUAGCAUCACUUAUUUUGACCCUUCUCCUCCCUAUCAUAGUUCUGUAAAAAGUAGCUUGCUGAAAAGUAUUCUUCUCACGUAUUCGAGGAAUUUUGUGUAGUUGUUUUCGUUGUAGGACAGCUACUUUGCAAGAGUACAAUUUUCUUUGUUUGUGUCAUUUGUAUUUGUAUUUGAUCCAUCUGAAAGCAAUCAUCUGGUGCAGUGGUGGCCAAUCCACGGCCCGCGGGCCGGAAGGUGCCAACCCAACAUUCACACCAGUCUAAGUGAGUCUGUUCUAAAUCAAUGUUUUGUUUUCAGUUUUUUCUUGAUUUGAUAUUGCUUGAUUUAUGGCAUAAAUAAAUAUAUUCAAUCAAGAAAAUUUAUUUUAUUGUCCGACCAAAAAGCUGGGCCACCACUGAUCUAGCGUAUACCCAAUAUGAAAAAGUCCUGAAUGGAAGAUUUACCACCAAAUGAUGCCAGGACAUAACUGGUGAGAGCUAUGAUAUCCUUUCUAGAAUAUUUUUCUUUUUUUUUGCUUUGCGCCUUUAAAGUGAGGAAUCAAGGUAGGAAAUUCUCAAAGAUUUGCCAUAGAAUCGGAACAGACAUUAUAGCCAGCUCCUUUACAAAAACAACAACAAGAUUACAUUUGUAUAGCGCCUUACAUUUGUAUAGCGUCAGGAGGACGUCCCAAGGCGUACAGUAUAUCCCACGUGUACAGCAUAUCAGACCUGAGCUUACAUCAGGGUUGUCCAAUCUUUUGGCUGCUGCAGACCAGGUUCCAUGAGAACACAAGAAUUUACUCAGCGAAAGAAGACCAAGGUUUAUCUAGUUCGAAUUCCACCAU